GAUCGGUUAGGCAUGCAGACUGGGUAGUGACAUGCCCGUCUUUCUUUUAAAGUAAAGCACUAUUUUUUUUUAAAUAAAUACUGCGAAUAUCUACCAGUCAGAAAUAAAGUGAACGAAAUAAACGUCUGUAAGAAUAUGUAGUGUUAAAACCUAUUAAAUAAGAAAAGGGCUUUGAAGAUAGCUUCACUAUGAAAGCAUGAAACCAAACGGACCCCCCGAAUAAAAUUCCUAUUGUAUUGGUCGUGGUGGAAAAAGAAGAGAGAAGAUGGCUUGUGGGCUAUCUUCUACCUUUGAACGAGACGUUAGUACAAGUUCGAGACUGCUGCAGGGGACGUUGUCCGACUUCACCGACUCUGGCACGUUCAAUGCAGACAAACAUGCCAGCGUUGUUUCGGAAAUGGGAGCACCAACAGCCGUUAACAAGGAGGCGGUUCAGGCGGCGGUGGAGAUUAUUAUGACAAAAUUUACAGGCAUUGCCAUCAUAAUUGAGGAAGCAGUGAAGGCAGCAGUGGAAAUUCUAACGGCAAGAUUUAGAGGAUGCUUUGAUCGAAAAUUCGCCGAUUUUCAACUCGAAUUGUCAGUGAAGGACAAAGAAAUAGAAAGCCUGAAGCUACAACUCGAAGUAUUCAAGCGUGAACUGAGCGCACUCCAGGGGCAUAAUGAACCUGAAGGAAAGUCGAUGGAGGAGGCGGCAACUGCUGAAGCCGCAGAAAACGAAAAUGAAUUAUUUUCUAUGAAGGAGGAAAUACAGAAUGGUGGUGAUUUGGAAAAGGAAUCUGUUGCUUCUCUCCAAGAAGACAAAGGAAGAGUGUCUGAACAAAGCUGCAGAUAUGAAGAAGAUGAGGAUUCUGUAAUAAACCUCCCAGUCCAUGGAGAUGGUGGGUUAUGGCACCAAUUUGUUCAAAUUAAGGAAGAGACGAGUACCCCGGACACAGCCCUGAUUAAAGAGGAAGUUUGUGAAGAAGGUACUGUCAAUCCUGAAAUCCAAGGCAGUGAAGUGGAGUCUUGCUGCAUGUCAGGCAAUGAGUCUCCUAGGCUGCAAACUGCAUCGGCUUAUGGAAGUCCUGACGCAGAUGUGCCAAUCAGGCAGAUGUCGAUUCAUAGAAGAUGCUGCUCCCCUCUGCUGCUAAAUGACAGAGAGCAGCAAGAGAUUAAGACACCCAUGAGAGAUUCUAACAGGAAGGGUCGAUUAUCAGCUGCCCAGCGGUCCCACAAAAGUUCAUCACAGGUUAAAGACGAAAUAUGUGAAGAGGGAUCUGUCAACACUAAAAGGCAAAGCAAUUCCCUUCAAUCUGGUUACGACACAGAGGAAGAUUUCCUUAAACUACAGUCUGCCAACCCUGAAAUGAGGGAGCUGGCCAGGCCGACAUCCAUCCGUAGAAGACGCUGCACCCCUCAGCUAUUGUCCAUAGGUGAGGAGCAUGGCAGAGCUGAAACCUUGUUGUGGAAGAAGAGGACAGAGAAACCCACUUCUAGAAAAACACAAUGGGAAGACCGGGCAUCAAAUAGCACACAUACUGGCUCAACAGAUUUACAAGAACAUUGGGGCUCUUUUAUUACCUCUGCCUACCAGCCUUCUCCCUUAUCCAAAAGCCACGGGAGCUGCCAAGAACAUCCACAGCAUGGGGAAGAAAUGAGUAAGCCAACAUUUUUGCCAGUGGCUACAACUGAUGAGUGUGUGCAGCGCAGCGCCGCUCCAGCAUUGGCGGUGGCAGAGAUGGGCACUACUAAAAGUCCCCAGUGGAUCCAAAGCAGCAUGGCUCCACAUCACUGUCCAAUAUGUGGUAAGAGAUUCAAGAUGAAAAGGUAUCUUAACAGGCACCAGAGAAUUCACACAGGAGAGAAACCUUUUUGUUGUUCCGAGUGUGGGAAGAGGUUCUUAAAGAAAUAUCACCUUCAGCAACAUGAGAAGACUCAUGCUGGAGACAAGCCAUUUUCAUGCGCCCAGUGUGGAAAGCGGUUUGGCCGGAAGUACUAUCUUCAACAGCACCAGCGAAUACAUACAGGUGAAAAACCUUACGGAUGCAGUCAGUGCGGCCAGAGGUUCCUACGGAAAGAUUACCUUCAGCAACAUCACUUAAGCCACACAGGAGAAAAGCCAUAUUGUUGUUCUCAGUGUGGGAAAAAACUCAAACACAAAAUCAGCCUUGUCCACCAUCAGUGGAUACACACAGGAGAAAAGCUGCACUGCUGCAGUGAAUGUGGCAAACGGUUCACAUUAAAAAGUAAUCUUCAAAAGCACCAAAGAAUUCAUACCGGGGAAAAACCAUACUGCUGCACUGAAUGUGGAAAGCGAUUCACACAGAAAAGUCAUCUUCAGCAACACCAGUGUAAGACAAUGCAACUUAUGUGAUGCCACUCUUCUAAGAUUAAUUGGAUUGAACUGAAAAGUCUAUUUUAUUAGGGGAGAUAAUGUAGAUUUUUUUAUCAGUACAGGAAAACAAAUAUAAAUGAUCUUAAAAAAAACAAAAAACUUUGUCAUGGCAUUGCUUUAUUAGAAGAACAAGAGAAAAAUCAACUUGGACAAAACAAGCAGACACUUUCAAAACAGUAGACUCUACUUUUCCUUGUAAUGCAUA